UCGUUCAAAAAUAGCCACGCAGCGAAUAAUUUCCACAGUUGAAACACGAGAAUAUUUUUUACUAUUUUUUUAAUAAAAUAACACGCUUACUUCUGUUGAAUCGUGUACAUUGUAGAAUAUAUCGAAGCUCUUGUCCAUCAUGUCAUCAAAUCACACUGGAAGUGGUGAACCAGAUUUUCAGAACGGAUAUAACGGUCAAAAUUCAGGAUCAGCAAACAACAGUCCAAAGAAGAAGUAUACUUUGUCAGCAGAUGCACCAGUAUUUGUUCCAAAAUUUGUGAGCCAGCAGCCUGAAUUUGAACCUGUGCCAGUUCCUGCUCCAACAUUGAUCACAGAUGGCUCCAUACCUACACAGACGGAGAUUGAAGAGUUUGAGCGAUUUGCUGAGCAGGCUCAACUUGGUGGUUUGGCAUAUUCCGACUCCGAUGAUCCUGUAGAGAUGUUCCGGAAUGCUGUCAUCACCUUGACGACGAAAGGAAAUGUGGAAGAGUAUAUGAGACCUAUUACUGCAAAGUUGAAAAAUGGAAUAAACGAUAUGGCAGUCCUAAAUGAAAUGAUUGAUAUUCUUUUUGAUCAUAGUAUUAAAGAGACUAACUUCAGCUAUACUGGUGCUCAAAUCUGCAAAUGUCUCGCCAAUGAACUGAAAACCCAUCAUACAUUCAAUAACUUCAGAACACUUUUCCUAAACAAAUGUAAAAGUGCCUAUGACAGUCGUGAUGCAUGGGUUGCAGAUCCUGCUAUGUUCACACAGCUCAGUAAUCUGUCCAUGUUGAUAGGUCAACUUUUCCUGGUUCUGGAGGUUGAAGGGCCUAAUGGUGAGUUACAGAAACUUGGAUUUCUACGUGAAGCUAUUAGUUCAUUAUUGUCAACACUUCUAGCAGAACCUACUGAUGAUAGAAUCAAAACAGCUGCAACGUUACUCAAGCUGACUGGUUUUGAAAUAACAAAGAACUCCCAUUUACCUGGCGAUUUUGAGGAAAUAUAUAAUAUCAUAAGAAGUCUAGAGAGACAUCCAUCUUUAAAUAGGACUAGUCACUGCCUGAUCAACUCAGUGUUGAGUAGGCUGGAAUACAACUGGGGUGUUCAACAGACAUCCUGACCACAGCCGUAGAGCAUUACAACACAACAUGCACAACACUCUGGACAACAGAUAUAAAAGGAGAUAUAGAAGAGGACACAUAUCUAUCUGUGUAUCACAGAUUGUGACGAUGUUAUUAAAUUGUUUAGGGCAUUAGUCAAUCUAUCUACAUCAAACUUUGAAGUGUUGUUGUGCAUAUUGUGUUUCAAAAAGAAAAAAAAACUAAGGCCAAAAAAAACAGACUGAUUGGAUAUUUUAUUGUCCCUGUCAAUCAAAAGGAGUCUUACCGUGUAUUGGAAAAUUUGUGUAUUAAUGCAGAAAGCUGUAGGGGUUUUUUUAUCAACCAAAAGUAAAAAAUUCAACGUUGUUUUAAAGAAUUCAGUUCCACUCUGCCAACAUUUUUUGUAUGUUUUUUUUUUUCGUAUGUUUUUUUUGUUUUUGUCAGAGGUGCUAAUUGAAAUUGUUGAUUAAUGAAUUGUUAGAAUUGAUUUGUUGAACAUACCAAAAACAAGUUUACUACUUUUAUUUGGAGAUGCACAGUUUAAUCUUAUUCAGGAUUUUAAUACAUUAUAAUAUUUUCAUGAUACUAACGGUAACUCAAAAGUUCUAUUAAUUCUACAUUAAAUUUGAAAGCUGGACAAUUUUUAAGAUUGACUUUUGUAAUUUUCAUAAGAAAUGUUUAUUUAAGAGCAGUAAAGAACUACUUUUAAGCAAAACUUUCAAAUAAUUUCUGUUGUUAAAAAUGAGAUAGCAAUUUUUAUCUAAUUUUAAUGAAACAACAAAAAAAUUGUUUUAUCAAAAAAAAAUCAAGUGCAUAACUGCUAGUGUGUAUCAUAUUUUGGUUGCUUGGGACUAGGAGUAUUGUUUUGAACCAUAAAUGAGUUUUGUAUUUGGAGGGAUAUCUUUACUAAAUUUAAAAGUGUUAACAAAUUUUGAGUAAUAGUAAAAUAAAUUAUAAAAUGGUGAGACAUUUUUGAUCGGUAGGGACACGUUUAUUUUCUUGGCCUUGCUGUAGAUUUGUCAGGGUGUGGUUAUAUACAUCGCAGCCCAAAGGAUCUCUUUUUGUAUGUAAAUACUGUUCAUUGUUUUGAUUGAACUUGGUCCACGUAAGAAUGUUGUUUAAUGCAUUAAUUACCUAAUUGACACAAUAAGUGCUGUGGACAAUGAAAUAGUGCUUCACUUUAAUUCGGAUCAUUAUUGGAUAAAUGAUUUGUAGUGGGGAAACGGUAGUCUUUUUUUUUUUCCAUAUGUUAUGGCAGAAUAUCUUGAGUGCAUUAUCGUCUGAAAUUUUUGAGAUUUUUUUUACACAUUUUGGAACAUUCAUAUAUGGCUAAAAUUAUGAGGGAAACAUUUUUACUCUGGUCGUGCCCAUUUUAUGAAGACUUUGCACUAAUAGUUUGCUAUAAGUUUUUUGUAACACUAAUUAACUCACAUUAUUUCUUAGUACAUGGCAAAAGUUGUUCCAAAUUUUAGCUGUCAAAUUUUUAAUUUCACUGUUCACAAUGCUGACCAGUACCUUAAAUGAAUGAUUAAGAAUUUAGUUUUCAGUGGUUUUAUAUUUAAAAUGUGAAAAACUUCUUCUUUUAAAAGAGUGACAAGGAUCAGUUUUUUAUCUCUAGUUAAAAAAAAGCAACUGACUAUAAUUAUUAUGUACAUAAUGUUGAAUAAAUGUUUUCAAGCAAUAAUGCAUGCAUUGUGUAUAGCCAGACGUAAACCCUGUUCAAAUGAGUUGAAUAUUUGGCUUGUUAUAUGUUUGCCAUGCGAGCCCUUCUUUGACGACAAACAGUCAACACGCGUAGUAAGCAAAAACAGCAUAGGUUGUGGAUUGUUAAUGAACAGAAUCAGUUUAUUCGCCAGUGCAAUGGAUUAUAUAAUGUGUACCAGGCAUGAGAUAGACUUUGACAAUGGAGGCUUUACCUUUAAGGUAUUGGAGUGACUAAAUUAUUUGUGUUCUUUUGUGAUAAAUUGAUUCCAUGAUGUAUACAUAUACCAAUCUAUUUUGUCUGAAAUAAAAAAAUUUCCAGCGGAAA